UACUGUCAUAUAUUUCUGAUAGUGCGUGUUAGAUUGACAAGGAGAGGUGUAAUAGAUAAAUUUGUUCUGGAUAUUUUUUUUGAUAAAAAAAGUUUUAAUAUCAAAAAAGAAAAAACCUUAUUAUUUGGUUUCCCAUUAAAGACAAUGCUGAAGCCAUUUUAAACUGUCCUAUGAAACUUUGAAAAUGUUCUUUUUUCAUAUUGAUUAUGUUACGAAAACACUGGGAGUGUUUAUUGUUUCGUUAAUAUUAUGUAGUAUAAUUUACAGAUGGUUUCGAUCUAGAAAUUAUCCCCCAGGACCUAUUGGUUUACCGUUAAUUGGUUACGGAUUCUUCCUGGGUAAAAAACCUAACCUAACACUCCAAGAUUUAGGUAAUAAAUAUGGCGGCAUAUUUAGCUUCUAUACUGGCCCGCAACUAAUUGUAUGUGUUACAGAAUAUCACAUGAUUAAGGAUAUUUUGAAUCUGCCAAACACUUUAUCAAGGACCCCUCAUUCAUUUGAUUUCCUGGUUGGAAAAGGAGGAUUAGGUUCAUUAAAUGGAGAGGAGUGGAAAGAGCAGCGUCGAUUCACUAUGCACACUAUGAGGAAUUUGGGACUUGGAAAAGGACUUUGGGAAACAAUGAUACAGGAAGAUGCAAAUAAACUUGUAAAUAAAUUGAAAGAUAAAAAUGGGAAACCAUUUUUCUUUGAGCCAUUAUUAUCAAGAUCUCAAAUCACCAACAGUUUAUCUCUACUUUUCGGUAGACAUUUGGAUGAAGAAACUGAAAAAGAAGAAAUCGAAACAAUGUGUAAAGUUGGCAAAGAAAUGAUGAAACACAUGGUAUCAGUCAAUCUAAACAUUUUGUUUCCUGGGGCGUUCAAAGUUCUUGAAACUUUGAACAUAAAAGGCAUGAAAGAUUUCAUGGUGAUUCUCAAGAAACUUGAAAAGUUUAUUGGAAAAGAGGUGGAAAACCGAAUGCGUUCGAAAAAUGAAGUUACAAGGGAUGAUUUUAUUGGUUGUUACUUAAACGAACUAGAUAAAAAAAAAGAUGAUACCAACAGUUCAUUUACAGUUGAACAUCUCAUUGGUGACAUGUUUAUACUAUUAAUUGCGGGUCAUGACUCAACAGUUGCCAGUGUAGGUUGGCUGCUUCUAUUAAUGGCCAAAAACCAAGAAAUCCAGAAAAAAGUAUGCGAAGAAAUCGACCGGGAAAUCGGAAGAGAUGGGACGGUUUACUACGAAGACAAACAGAAACUACCGUACACUUUGGCAUCGAUAUUGGAAAUGUUACGGUGGGCUUCAAUAAGUGGACUUUUCCCAGCCCGAUAUGUAACGGAAAGUUUUACUUUUCAAAACUAUGAAAUUCCACAAGGUGCUCAGAUUAUCUGCAAUGGAUACGCAAUGAUGCAUGAUCCUAAAUAUUUUGACAACCCAAUGGCAUAUCAACCCGACAGAUUCCUUGAUAAAGAUGGCUCAGUCAGGCUAUACAAUGUUGAUGCAUAUGGACCAUUUUCAUUUGGGAAACGUAAUUGUCCUGGAGAUGGCAUUGCUGUAAUGACCGUCUACUUGUAUUUCGUGUCCAUAAUGCAGAAAUUUUCCAUCCAACCUCCGCCUGGAAAAGUACCUGAUCUGGAUUAUAUAUUUACAGCUGGUCUCAUUCCGAAUCCUCAGGAACUGUGCUUUAUUGAGAGAUGAUAGUUGGGAUAUAAGUUGCAUGAAAAAACUAAUGAUUUAAGAUAAAUCUUAAAUCCUCUUAUUUUAAUCCGCUGUUAGCACCUUUAUUAAUAAUUGUUUAAUAAAAGUACUUCAAAAGC